AUGUAAAAUUCCGUAGUGGUCCUUCACCGGAAGUGAAAUCUCCUCGUCUUUUUCUCUGAAUAGUUUAAGGCCUUUUCGGUCGCUCUUGCACGAUGGGUAUUUCCAGGGAUCACUGGCAUAAGCGACGUGCCACCGGAGGCAAGAGGAAGCCCCUCAGGAAGAAGAGGAAGUUCGAGUUGGGACGUCCUGCUGCCAACACCAAACUUGGAGCCCAGAGAAUCCACACGGUUCGUACACGUGGUGGAAACAAAAAAUACAGAUUUCAGACUGAGGCUGAGGAGGAGGCGCUCAACAAGAAGAGAUCGAAGAAGUGCGAGGCUAAAUACAAGGCCAGACAACGAUUCGCCAAGGUAGAGCCAGCAUUGGAGGAGCAAUUCGCAACUGGACGUGUUCUUGCUUGUGUUGCAAGUCGUCCAGGUCAAUGUGGAAGGGCUGACGGUUACAUCCUGGAGGGCAAAGAGCUCGAGUUCUACAUGAGAAAGAUCAAGAGCAAGAAAGCCAAGUAAAUGUAACAACAAUUUAACAAUAAAACACAAACGUACGUAAAAAAAAA